UAGGGAUUUUGUUGCUAAAGUUUUAGUGUAAUGAACGUCAAAUAACGAAUUGGAAAAUGGCGGAGCAAGAACUGAACGUCGACAACUUAAUUCAACGAUUAUUAGAAGUUAGAGGAUGUCGCCCUGGCAAAUCUGUACAGAUGACAGAGGCGGAGGUGCGAGGCCUAUGUUUGAAAUCACGUGAAAUAUUCUUGCAACAGCCUAUUCUACUGGAAUUGGAAGCUCCAUUAAAAAUUUGCGGCGAUAUUCACGGACAGUAUACAGACUUAUUAAGAUUAUUUGAGUAUGGAGGCUUUCCCCCGGAAGCAAAUUACCUAUUUUUGGGCGAUUACGUCGACCGCGGCAAACAAUCAUUAGAAACAAUCUGCUUGCUACUUGCUUACAAGAUUAAAUACCCAGAGAAUUUCUUCUUACUGCGCGGAAACCACGAGUGCGCCUCAAUAAAUCGCAUCUACGGUUUUUACGACGAGUGCAAACGUCGCUACAACAUCAAACUGUGGAAAACUUUCACGGAUUGCUUUAAUUGUUUACCCAUCGCCGCGAUUAUUGAUGAAAAGAUUUUUUGUUGUCAUGGUGGACUCAGUCCGGAUUUACAAGGAAUGGAACAAAUUCGUAGGAUUAUGAGACCCACCGAUGUUCCAGAUACAGGUUUAUUGUGUGAUCUUUUAUGGUCGGAUCCGGAUAAAGAUAUACAGGGCUGGGGAGAAAAUGACCGUGGCGUAUCCUUUACGUUUGGUGCGGACGUCGUGAGCAAGUUCCUAAAUCGGCACGACUUGGAUCUGAUAUGCCGCGCGCAUCAAGUUGUAGAAGAUGGUUACGAAUUCUUCGCAAAAAGGCAACUGGUUACAUUAUUUUCCGCACCAAAUUAUUGCGGGGAAUUUGAUAAUGCGGGAGGAAUGAUGAGCGUUGAUGAAACACUUAUGUGUUCUUUUCAGAUAUUGAAACCAUCUGAAAAGAAGGCAAAGUACCAGUACCAAGGCUCAAAUUCGGGUCGCCCGGCGACACCGCAACGUGCUGCAGCACAACCGACCACAAAGAAAAAAUAAUUGUAUUGGUAUAUAAAACAAUUUGUCAUACAAUAUAUUUUGCAUUUUAUUUUAAUUUUUUGAAAAUAAUUGGUCUCUUUAACUUAUUCAAAAACAGAGUUAUAUACUUUUUGACGUAUUAAUUAAUUAUUAUUACUAUUUUUUUUUGUUUUUUCACUUAAUGAAUUUUUUUUAAUAAACUCAAGUUUAUCACUCAUUAUUUUAAUAUAAUUCUCAAUUAGCAAAGUACAAUUAAAAAAAUUCUCGUACUACUUAAUUUUUAAGUAUUGUAAAAGUAGAUUUUUGGGGGGCAAGUCCCAGUGCAAUGUAUUAGUCGACGUCUGUUGCAUUACUACAAAAAAAAAAGAAAAUAAUAAUAAUUGUGUAUAUUAAUCGACUAAAUUUGUUAUUUAUUUGACGUGGUAUUUACCAAAGAAAGGAUAAAAAAGAAACCCAGAAAAAUUUUCUAAAUAGGGCACUAAAAAACUGUCUCUCCCGCGUCUCGCAAAAUAAAAAAUUAUCCCCUUGUAUAUUGCCGUGAAACCUAUGUAAUGUUUGUUAAUAGUUUUUGUCGCUGAUGUUUAUCUCGUUGCAUUUAAAAAGAAACUAAAUAGCUGAGAGCCAACGAUUGCGCGGACUCAUCACAAAAAAAAUUACACAUACUACACGUUCAAUGUUGUUUGGUUUGUUUGUUAUUUAAACGUUUCAUUCUCUUUUAUUCUUCUCGUUUUCAUUUUUAGUGUUUUUAUCAUUAUUUGUUUUCGCCAAGCAAUGAAUUUAUUGAGUAGUGUAAUGUACUUUAAAAAAAAGAUUAUUAUAUUUCAAAUAAAUCUAUAUUAAUAUUUCUGUAA